AGGAUGUUCCGGCUAUUCCAAGGCGCCUUGCAGCCAAAGGGUCAACCAGGUCGUGAAAGCCGCCUGGUGACCAAAGACGGGCGCUGCAACAUCAAGUUUGGCAAAGUGGAGCCAGGCAACCACCUGGCCUACCUGGUGGACGUGUGGACCACCUUUGUGGAGGUGCGCUGGCGCUUUGUGAUUCUCCUGUUUGUGACAUCCUUCACGGGGAGCUGGUUCUUCUUCAGCCUGGUGUGGUACUGGAUCGCCCGCAGCAACGGCGACAUGGCGCCCUCGCACAACCGCACCGACGGCCACGUUAUGUGCAUCACCAACGUCAACAGCCUGACCACGGCUUUCCUCUAUUCGCUGGAGACUCAGACCACCAUCGGCUAUGGCGGUCGGGCCCCCACCGGCCAGUGCGGCGGUACGGUGGCUGUCAUCAUCCUCCAGUCCAUGGCGGGCCUAGUCCUCAACAGCUUCAUGUGCGGCAUCAUCCUGGCCAAGAUCUCCCUGCCUAAGCGACGGGCCAAGACGGUGAGCUUCAGUGACACGGCCGUCAUCUGCCUCAAAAACUGCAAACUCUGCCUCUUGAUCCGUGUGGCCAACCUCCGUAAGACGCUCCUGAUCGGGAGCCAGAUCUACGGGAAGCUCCUUAAGACUACCACCACCUCAGACGGUGAGACCCUCAUCAUGGACCAGCUGGAUAUCCACUUCACUGUGGACGCCGGCAAGGACAACCUCUUCUUCGUUUGCCCCCUGACACUCUACCACGUCAUCGACCGGGCCAGUCCUUUCUACGACAUCACUGUCGACACACUGCCCAGACAGGACUUUGAGUUGGUGGUCUUCCUGGAUGGCACGGCCGAAUCCACCAGCUCCUCUUGCCAAGUGCGAACCUCCUACCUCCCUCAGGAGAUCCAGUGGGGGCACAACUUCCUGCCCAUUAUCUCACGAACCAAGACGGGCAAAUACUCGGUAGAUUUCUCCAACUUUUCCAAGAGCGUACGGGUGGCCACGCCGCACUGCACCCAGUGCUUUGAAAGCAACGCAGAAGCCUGGCCCCACAAGACAGACAUUCAUAAGGUCCAGCAAAAGAUCGGCAUCCACAAUUUAGGUUUCCACGUCAUUGACAUUCCUGAAAUCACAGACAUCACCAAGAUGUGA